AUGCUCGCCUUUUUCAUUUUAUUGAUUCUAUUUUUCUGCAAUUCUAUAAGAUCAUCUGAAACACCAAUUCAAAUUCAAAAUGUCAAUGCAACCUUCUCACAAAAGGUCUCCCCAGAAGUUUCGAAUCUCAUCAAGAACUUGAUCAAAAAAGAAAACUUGGAUAAUAUUUUUGAAAAUGAUUUUGUUUUUGUGAAAUGUGGAAUCCGUAGGAACUCUUCGUAUUUUUUAGAAAAUGUUAUUUUUAAAAAUCAAAUGAGUUUGGAAAAUAUUUGGGAGUAUGAUUUUGGAGAGGAUUUGACGCUGGUUGAUGGGAAGUUUAUGACAAAUGUGGUUCAGAUUAAAAUUGGCGCAGGGAGAUUAUCGAUUUUUGCCAGAUAUCAGAAUUCGGAGAGGAAUUUGAAGCUACGAUAUGUGAAACAACCUUGUCUUGAGAUUUGA